AUGCACAGGACAUCUGCGGAUGAGGACAAUUUUUUGUCGCGAACUACCGAGAGCCAUGGGCCUGAUUCAGAGAAGCCGCACCCGGUAGCCAGAACUGGGACGAGCAUCGACCUAGACAACUCGACACCACGCUCAAGAAAUUCCAGCACCUGGAGGUCGCUUUCUACGAACAACGCGAUCUGGACAUCGCCCGAUCCGAUGCCGUUAACGCCGCGCCUCGCUAUCGAGGCUUCGCCCGACUCUCCGCAAAGAUCCCGAGUAGCCCGCUUUCGCAGCCCUUGGUCGUGUUCUAUUCUCACAGCUCUUACUACGAUCCUCGCUUGUGUCUUUCUCUUCUCGAUCGUUCGUUCAUUCUCUGCCCUCCAAACAGGCAGCGAUGGAUGUGGUGUACCAGUGAUGACCCCGACGUUCCUGCGGAUGGUGGGAUUUGACACGGAGCAUACGCGGUUUGCGAGCAAGUACAAUCUCUUUUUGUAUAGAGAGGAAGGUGUUGAUCCGUACGGUCAGGAGAACUUGGGGCUGAAUGGCGCACCCGUCCUGUUCUUACCCGGCAAUGCAGGAAGCUACCGCCAGGUCCGAUCGUUAGCCGCCGAAGCUUCGAGACAUUACGCGCAAGUGAUUCAGCAUGACCAGGAACGAUUGCGAGCCGGAGCCCGAAGCCUGGAUUUCUUCAUGAUUGAUUUCAACGAAGAUAUGGCAGCUUUCCAUGGACAGACCUUGCUCGAUCAAGCCGAAUACGUGAAUGAAGCCGUGGCAUAUAUACUCUCGUUAUAUCAUGAUCCUCGCCGUACUCGACGAGAUUCGGAACUUCCGGAUCCCAGCUCUGUGAUACUAAUUGGACACUCGAUGGGAGGAAUAGUCGCACGUACCGCAUUAACAAUGGCGAACUACCAGGAAAACUCGGUAAACACGAUUAUCACCAUGUCGGCACCCCACGCCAAGGCCCCGGUAUCGUUUGAUUCGGACAUUGUCCACACAUACAAGCAGAUAAAUGAUUACUGGCGCGAGGCAUACUCGCAGACGUGGGCCAACAAUAACCCUCUAUGGCAUGUGACGCUUAUUUCCAUCGCCGGUGGCUCUAGGGAUACUGUUGUUCCGUCCGAUUACGCCAGUAUCUCGUCCCUUGUCCCGGACACUCACGGUUUCACGGUGUUCACCUCGACGAUACCUGAUGUUUGGAUUGGAGUGGAUCAUCUGUCGAUAACGUGGUGCGACCAAUUCCGCAAGGCUAUCAUAAAAUCUUUGUUUGAUGUCGUGGAUGUGCGGCGGGCCAGCCAGACCAAACCCAGGGCGGAGCGGAUGCGAAUCUUCAAGCAAUGGUACCUGACAGGGUUGGAGCCGGUUUCUGAGAGGUUGCUCGGACGAAAUGAGCCGAGCACCAUAGUGACCCUGGAAGAUGACACCAAUACUAUUCUUGCGCAAGGCCAGCGGCUCGUGCUUCGCGAACUUGGCCACCACUCAGGCCCUAACGUGCACCUUCUGCCUGUUCCCCCUCAGGGGGUUUCGGGCAAGAAAUUCACGCUCCUCACAGACCAGCGCUUGGAUAGGACUGGUGAGCAGGGGAACUUGGAAGUGUUGUUCUGCAGCGUUCUCCCUAUGAGCAAUGGAAAGGUUUCAUCGGUGCUUGCACUCAACAUAGACUUGUCUGAUAGCAGUGGCUCAACGCGCCUUGCGUGCAAGAACGCCGCAGUCGACGAGAUCCAUCUUCCCGCAUCGACCCGCUCAUCAAAGAAUGCGUAUGAUCGCGUCAGGCCGUUCUCUUAUCUUCAGUACGACCUUGAGGAUCUCGCAGAACACCAGUUUGUGGCAGUUGUUGAUAAAGCCCGUGUACCAACCAAAGGUUGGGCCAUUGCGGAGUUUUCAGACAGCUCUGAUGCACUCAUCAAAGCUCGGAUAGGCUUGGGUGGACUUCUGAGUGCCGGAUUAAAAGUACGCCUGCCGGCCAACAGGCCUAUGCUCACCGAGGUGAGAAUCCCAGCCCUAUACUCGAGCUUGUUGGACUAUAAACUCCGCGUCGUUCGCCACCGUCAUGCCGGUGACCCGCAAGAACUCUUCGCUCCCCUCUUGCGCCAGUCAAUUGCGGAUCCUCACGAGUCCAAGUUCUUUGUCAAUGUCGACAGAGUAAAUGUGAAUUUGCACGGACUGGCGCCGUACAUGCCUCCUCCGCUUCGGCAAACAAGCCAAAACGGCGUUUCAUUUCAGCUAUGGACUGAUCCGACGUGUGAUUCCACGGUCGACAUCACUUUGACGGUUGACAUCGUCAGCAGUUUAGGAGAGCUGGUGAUGCGGUACAGGACCGUGUUUGCUGCGUUUCCUCUCCUAGUUGUUGCUUUGACUCUGAGAAAGCAGUUUCAAGUUUAUGACGAGACCGGAUUCUUCAUUACCUUCGCUGAGGGCUUAGACAGCGCUUUGCGUUCAUCUAUGCCGAUCUUAUUACUAGCAAUGUCGCUGCUGGCAUCUUCUCUUGCCACCUCGACCAAACUCCCACCGGGAGACGAUACGUUCCACUGGGCAACGAAUUCGACUGAGACGCCUAUUGAUUUCACUAAGAAUGAUCUCCUUUUAGGCUCUCAGGACGCAUUCUUCUGGUUUCUGGUACCACUUUUCGGCCUCAUCUGCGUUGGAGUUUGCGUUCUGCUCAAUUAUGUUGCUCUCCUUCUCCUACAGAUUUUCUCUUUCGUCUAUGGCCUUUGGAACAGCAAAUCUGGAUAUAUUAGGCGUGAUGACAAGGGAUGGCUUCCCGUCUUCCCUGCACCUUCUCCAAGAAGACGAUUGAUCAAGAUGGGUGUUCUCUUGGUCCUCGUAUCGACUGCGAUUCCCUACCAAUUCGCAUACUUGGUGGCAUGUAUCGUGCAAUUGGCGACUUGUGUGCGGGCGCAGUGGCAUGCCAAAGAGACCAGGUCGACCGCCCACUAUAACUUUUCAAACUACGCAUACUCGAUAUUCAUUCUAAUGCUCUGGAUUCUUCCAAUUAAUAUACUUGUCCUCCUGGUUUGGGCGCAUAACCUUGUUGUGCACUGGUUCAUGCCAUUCUCAUCGCAUCACAAUGUGUUGUCCAUCAUGCCGUUUAUCAUUCUGGUGGAGACCAUGACCACUGGGUCUAUGAUCCCCAGGGUCCCCACACGGUCCGGGCUUCGACGGUUCGACCUACGGGACGGGACCUCCCUCGGGACGCGAGAAGGUCCCCGCGAGGCUUGGGCCGGAAUUCGGCCGAAUGUCGAUGAAGAACUGAAAGCCAGGGUUGCUUGCUUGAAUUCGGGACUCGAGAUCCAGCACGGCAGUCCUAAGCCGAAUCCCGGGUGGGACUACCUAGCCUGCCCUCGCAUUGACAACCUUGUUGAGCUUCUUGAUCAACUAUCUCUUAAUGCAGACAACAAUAAACUGGACGAAGAACUGGGCGAAGAACCAGUUAUAUGCGAUGACCACAAGAAAAUCAACCUCCUUCUACUAUUCCUUGGGAAGCCCGAAACCGGGAUCGAUCUGAACGACCUUGUCAUGCUGCGCGGAUGUUUUGAAUACUUCCUACUGGACAUCUGA